AUGGGCCCCGGCCCCAGCCGCGCCGCCGGCGUCCUGCGCCCGUUGCUCGGCAUGCUCGCCUUGAUGGUGGCCGCAAGCAACCGCGCCGCCUCCGCCUUCAACCUGGACACCCGAUUCCUGGUGGUGAAGGAGGCCGGGAACCCGGGCAGCCUCUUCGGUUACUCGGUCGCCCUCCAUCGGCAGACAGAGCGACAGCAGCGCUACCUGCUCCUGGCUGGUGCCCCCCGGGACCUCGCUGUGCCUGAUGGCCAUACCAACCGGACUGGUGCUGUGUACCUGUGCCCACUCACUGCCCGCAAGAAUGACUGUGAGCGGGUGGACAUCAAGGAGAAAAGUAACCCUAACCACAUCAUUGAGGAUAUGUGGCUUGGCGUGACUGUGGCCAGCCAGGGCCCUGCGGGCAGAGUCCUGGUCUGUGCCCACCGCUACACCCAGGUGCUGUGGUCGGGGUCAGAGGACCAGCGGCGCAUGGUGGGCAAGUGCUAUGUGAGAGGCAAUGACCUGGAGCUGGACGCCAGGGAUGACUGGCAGACCUACCACAACGAGAUGUGCAACAGCAACACUGACUACCUGGAGACGGGCAUGUGCCAGCUGGGCACCAGCGGCGGCUUCACCCAAAACACCGUGUACUUUGGCGCUCCUGGUGCCUACAACUGGAAAGGAAACAGCUACAUGAUUCAGCGGAAGGACUGGGAUUUGUCUGAAUAUAGUUACAAGGACCCAGAGGACCAAGGAAACCUCUACAUUGGCUACACGAUGCAGGUGGGCAGUGCCAUCCUGCACCCCACAAACAUCACCAUUGUGACAGGUGCCCCGCGGCACCAACAUGUGGGCGCUGUCUUUUUGCUGAGCCAGGAAGCAGGUGGAGACUUGCGGCGGAGGCAGGUGCUGGAGGGCACGCAGGUGGGAGCCUAUUUUGGCAGUGCCAUUGCCCUGGCAGACCUGAACAAUGAUGGGUGGCAGGACCUCCUGGUGGGUGCCCCCUACUACUUUGAGCGGAAAGAGGAAGUAGGGGGUGCGAUUUAUAUCUUCAUGAACCAGGCAGGCACCUCCUUCCCAGACCGCCCCUCCCUCCUUCUUCACGGCCCCAGUCGCUCCGCCUUCGGCUUCUCUGUGGCAAGCAUUGGCGACAUCAACCAAGACGGAUUCCAGGACAUUGCUGUGGGAGCUCCCUUCGAGGGCUCGGGCAAAGUGUACAUCUACCACGGCAGCUCCAGGGGGCUCCUCAGACAGCCCCAGCAGGUAAUCCAUGGAGAGCAGCUGGGACUGCCUGGCUUAGCCACGUUUGGCUACUCCCUGAGUGGGCAGAUGGAUGUAGAUGAGAACUUCUACCCAGACCUGCUGGUGGGGAGCCUGUCAGACCGCAUCGUGCUGCUGAGGGCCCGGCCUGUCAUCAACAUUCUCCACAAGACCUUGGUAGCCAGGCCAUCCAUACUGGACCCUGCGUUCUGCACAGCCACCUCCUGUGUGCAGGUGGAGCUGUGCUUUGCUUACAACCAGAGUGCAGGGAACCCCAACUACAGGCAGAACAUCACCCUGGCCUACACACUGGAGGCUGACCGGGACCGCCGCCCACCUCGACUCCACUUUGCACACAGCCAGUCAGCUGUCUUCCACGGCUUCUUCUCCAUGCCUGAGAUGCGCUGCCAGACGCUGGAGCUGCUCCUGAUGGACAACGUCCGCGACAAACUCCGACCCAUCACCAUCUCCAUGAACUACUCUUUACCUUUGCGGUUGCCUGAUCGCCCCCAACUGGGGCUUGGGUCGCUAGAUGCCUACCCGGUCCUCAACCAAGCGCAGGCUCUGGAGAACCACACGGAGGUACAGUUCCAGAAGGAAUGCGGGCAGGACAACAGGUGCGACAGCAAUUUACAGAUGCGGGCGGCCUUCGUGUCUGAGCUGGGGCAGCGGCUGAGCAGGCUCCAGUAUGGGAGAGACCUCCGAAAACUGCUCCUGAGCAUCAACGUGACCAACACCCCAAGCCGGAAGCGGGCUGGGGAAGAUGCCCACGAGGCGCUCCUCACCCUGGAAGUGCCUCCCACCCUGCUGCUGUCCUCAGUGCGCCCCCCUGGAGCCUGCCAAGCCAAUGAGACCAUCGUUUGUGAGCUGGGGAACCCCUUUAAACGGAACCAGAGGAUGGAGCUACUCAUUGCUUUUGAGGUCAUCGGAGUGACCCUACACACAAGGGAACUCCAGGCGCAGCUGCAGCUCUCCACGUCAAGUCACCAGGAUGACCUAUGGCCCAUGACCCUGCCUCUGCUGGUGGACUACACACUCCAGGCCUCACUCAGCAUGGUGAAUCACCGGCUACAGAGCUUCUUUGGGGGGACAGUGAUGGGUGAGUCUGGCAUGAAAACUGUGGAAGAUGUGGGAAGCCCUCUCAAGUACGAGUUCCAGGUGGGCCCAAUGGGUGAAGGGCUGGCAGCCCUGGGGACCCUGGUCCUGGGGCUGGAGUGGCCCUAUGAAGUCAGCAAUGGCAAGUGGCUGCUGUACCCCACGGAGAUCACUGUCCGUGGCAAUGGAUCCUGGCACUGCCGGCCACCUGGAGACCUUAUCAACCCUCUCAACCUCACUCUCUCUGUUCCUGGGGACAGGCCGCCAGCUCCACAGCGCAGGCGGCGACAACUGGACCCAGGAGGCCAAGGCCCCCCACCUGUCACUCUGGCUGCUGCCAAAAAGGCCAAGUCUGAGAUCCAAUUGAGCUGUGGCAGUGACCACACCCACUGUGUGUGGCUGGAGUGCCCCAUCCCUGAUGCCCCUGUCAUCACCAACGUGACCAUCCAGGCACGAGUGUGGAACAGCACCUUCAUCGAGGAUUACAGAGACUUUGACCGAGUCAGGGUAGCCAGCUGGGCCACCCUGUUCCUCCGAACCAGCGUCCCCACCAUCAACAUGGAGAAUAAGACAGUGCGGUUUUCCGUGGACAUUGACUCUGACCUGGUGGAGGAGCUGCCGGCUGAGAUCGAGCUGUGGCUGGUGCUUGUGGCUGUGAGUGCCGGGCUGCUGCUGCUGGGGCUGAUCAUCCUCUUGCUGUGGAAGUGCGGCUUCUUCAAGCGAGCCCGCACUCGCGCCCUGUAUGAAGCUAAGAGGCAGAAGGCGGAGAUGAAGAGCCAGCCGUCAGAGACAGAGAGGCUGACGGAAGACUACUGAGGGGGGCAGCCCCCACCCCGGCCCAGCUGGUGUGAUUUCUUUAAGCGGACCCGCUAUUACCGGAUCAUGCCCAAGUACCACGCGGUGAGGAUCCGGGAGGAGGAGCGCUACCCACCUCCAGGGAGCACCCUGCCCACCAAGAAGCACUGGGUGACCAGCUGGCAGACUCGGGGCCAAUACUACUGACAUCCUCCCUGAUCGCACCCUGCUCC